GGGGCCGAACUAUAACCCGAAGAAUGACAGGUCGGUCGGUACUAUCUAGGUAAUCAUGGAUGGAUACUUGAGCCUAUGAGAUAUCUGCACAGCUGUCAUCAUAAACACACAGCAGAGCCUUGAAAUUGUUGUUGAUCCAGCAAUCUAUGGCUCAAUCCAGUAGUACUGGAUCGGGACCGCGAAAUAUCUCCGUAGUACUAACGAUACCACCUACCAACUAACUUGGUCUCAAAGCGGCACAAAACUAUCAUAUCAGGCCAAAAUCUACACCCGGAGACCCCGCAUUCGAAUCAAUAACUUCUCUUCUUCAUCUCUUCAUCUCACGCAAUGGAAAUGUCAUCGAUUCAGCGUGAGACAAACAUACCUGAAAGAGAAACACCAUUGCGAUUGCGAUUGCCGCCCCCCACUUCUCGCCGAAUCCCUGUAUGAAUGAGUGUAUUUUUUCGGGCACUUAGCUUACUGAUGUACCUUCGUACACGUCUUUCUAAUUUGCACGACAUCAUCUACAUCAUCUGGAGUCUGAUUCCAUCUCAUUUGUUUACUCGUUUAUGAAGUUCCCACUAUUGGGCUGAAACUAGCGACAAUUGAUAAACACAUUUCCAAACAAUUUUGUUGGCAUAAAGUUCAUGCCCUAAUGCAGGCCCAGGACUCACAAAUUGGAAACAGAAGCAGGUCCUAGGUUUCCUGACCAGGCUUAUUGAGAGGCUUGUUGGUGGUUUUGACAUAUUUGUUGGUUUAAUUGCUCUAUUUGGAGGUAUAUUUGACAAGGGAGCAAGUAAGGUUAUCUGGGGUCGAAUUUGGGGUGGGAAGACCCAGCGUGUUUGUGGCCUUACCGCUUCUGUUGUGCGUCAUAUUUGGUCUUUGCACGAGGAGGAAUUGCAUGCUGAUUUUGCCGGAGUUAAAAAGCGUGAGUGACCAGUCACAGAGCGGGAGCAAAAGUAGCAAUAUGGCUACUAUCGAGAAUGAUGAUGAGAGAUUGUUGAACAGAAUUGGUUAUACUCAAGAUCUACGUCGUCAUUUCUCAAAAUGGUCUACAUUAUCCUAUGCGGUCUCCGUUCUUGGUGUCUUAGGGUCCGUUCCUGCUACUUUUGGUAGCCCAUUGAGUCUGGGUGGACCAGCAGCGGCAGUAUGGGCGUGGUUUUUUGGUUCUGUGAUGGCACAGAUCAUAUCAAGCUCAGUAUCUGAAUUGGUCUCUGCAUAUCCGACGGCGGGUGGCAUGUACUUUGUUACGAAGAAUGUUGUCCCACAUGAACAUGCGGCAAUAUGGAGCUGGAUUAUCGGAUGGUGCAAUUUACUUGGUCAAACUUCAGGUGUUGCCAGUGUGGGAUAUACCGUUUCUCAACUUGUUCUAGCUGCUGCGAGUAUGAACUCUCAUUUUGACGAGGUCACCGGGACAUAUGCCUAUUCACCAACUGCACUACAAACCGCUCUACUCUCAUGGUUGAUUCUUAUCAUAAUGGGAGUAAUCUGUUCCUUGACAACAAGACGUCUUCACCAAAUCGUAACUUGGUUCAUGCCAAUCAACGUCCUAGCUUCAAUCGCCAUAUGCAUCGCUCUACUCGUUCUAACUCCCAACAAACAAUCUGCAACAUGGGUCUUCACACAUUUUACCAAUGGAUCUGGAUGGGGGACUCCGUUUUCAUUCUUCCUCUCCUUUCUAUCAGUAGCCUGGACCAUGACUGAUUACGACGGCACAACCCACAUGUCAGAAGAAACUCACGAUGCAGCAACUCGUGGACCAAUGGCUAUUCGAUGGGCCGUUACCAUCUCUGGAGUCGUGGGAUGGAUGCUCACAGUCACUUUAUGUUUCUGCGCAACGGAUCUUGAAGCUAUCAUUAAUUCGCCCACAAGAAUGCCAGCAGCGCAAAUUUUCUUAAACGCGGCGGGCAAGAACGGUGGAACUGUCAUGUGGUUUUUUGUUAUUCUUGUUCAAUUUUUUACAGGAUGUUCAGCUAUGCUUGCUGACACUAGAAUGGCAUAUGCUUUUGCGAGGGAUGGGGCUCUUCCUUUUUCAAAUUUCUGGUCCAAAGUAAAUCCCUACACCCACACUCCUCUGAACUCUGUCUGGCUUAUCGUCCUCCUCACCUGCGCGCUCAACACCAUCGCCAUCGGCAGCACCGCUACCAUCGUCGCAAUCUUCAACAUCACAGCCCCUGCUCUCGACAUGUCAUAUGCCGCAGUCAUUCUAGCGCGCAAUAUUUACGCCUCGCAAGUGAAAUUUAUCCCCGGUCCAUACACGCUUGGGAGAUGGCAAAAGCCAAUGAAUGCGAUAGCAUGCACCUGGGUGUUAUUUAUAAGUAUUGUUCUUAUGUUCCCGACAGUUAGACCAGUUACGAUAGAGAAUAUGAAUUAUGCGGUGGCGGUAGGAGCGGCUAUUGCGGUGUUUAGCUUGGGGUGGUGGUGGUCUGGAGCGAGAAGGACAUACACGGGACCAAAAACAAAAGAUCUCAUACAAUCUAUCGUAUCGGAGGAAGGAAAUUAUGAAUCGGACCAGAGACCUAAUUAUGGGAGUUUUAAUGAUCAUUGAAAUGGUCGUGAGAGUUAGAUUUUUGAUAACGGCGUCUUGUUUUCAGGGUAAGGAGUUGGUGGUUUGCAAAAGCGUUUCUUUGCUGGAUGGUUUGAAUUGAAUGAGUGAGAGACUCGUAGUCUCGUUUCUCAUCAUGUUCGAGAUUCCCACUCUCUUCGCAUCGAGAAAAGAGGUCGAUAGAUCGAUAGACAAAUCCAUAUAUGUAGAACUAUACCGAUUGACAUCUUCUGACAUCAAUGGAAACAUAAUAAUAUUCAUGGGGUAAUCAGACCCAAUCCAGACACACCA